AGGCAUGAAAUUUAAACAAUGGAAUAAGUUUCAUUACCACCGCCUUAGCCUUUAGUACUUUUAUGCAGAUAUGGGUAAUGACGCACUCCUUUCCCAAGCUGACAAAAUUGUUGCCCUGCCAGGGCAACCAAAGGUUGGUUUCCGGUGGUUCUCUGGCUACAUCACCGUCAACAAUAAGAAACAGAGAGCCCUGUUUUUCUACUUUGUUGAAGCAGAAACUGACCCUUCCUUAAAGCCAUUUGUUCUUUGGCUUAAUGGAGGGCGUGGAUGUUCAUCUUUAGGAACUGGAGCUUUUGUGGAGCAUGGCCCCUUCAAGACAAAUGGAGAGACUUUAAUCAGGAACGAGUUCAGUUGGAACAAAGAAGCUAAUAUGUUGUACUUGGAGUCACCAGCAAGUGUUGGAUUUUCACAUUCGACUAACAAUUCAUUUUUCGCCAAUUUGAAUGAUGAAGUCAGAGCACGGGAUAAUCUCGUGUUCUUACAGCGCUGGUUCCUUCAAUUUCCUGAGUACAAGAACAGAGAUUUUUACAUCACCGGAAAGAGCUAUGCAGGCCACUAUGUCCCUCAACUCGCGCAAUUAAUUAUUCAGGCUAAUAUGAAGUGGAAUAAGGAAAAGCCAGUUUCCCGUGCUUGUAAUGAAGUUUACACAAAGCCUUUGGAGAGAUUUGGAAUUCGAUUGACCCCUAUGAUGUCAUUGCCGGUGUCUGCCUCCCGUCCUCCAGCGGAACACAAACGUCGAUGCUCGGUCACCCAGCUUGGUCCUGGUCCAGACUGGACAUGUUUCAUCUCUCAUGUCACAAGAAGCUGUACUGAAUCAGCAGAGCAAAAACUAGAUAGCAUGAAGGAUGAAGAAUGGAGGCUACUCCAUAGGCGAGUGUAUGGAUUUAUCCGGCAAUGGAUUAAUGAUAGUGUGCUGAAUCAUAUCAAUGAUGAAACUGAUGCACGCACACUAUGGACAAAGUACAAAGAUGGCACUCCCACAGCAGACCAUGUUAAUGAUUUCCUUAGCAUCAUCAAGGAGUUAGCUAAUUUGGGCAUAAACUUUGAUGAUGAAGUGAAUGGUUUGAUUCUUCUCAACACCUUGCCGGAAUCAUGGGAGAGUUUUAGAUCAACAACAAUAAACUCAUCUCCUGGUGGUCAAGUCACACUGGAAAUUGCCAAAAACAAGAUCUUUGAAGAGGAAAAAAGGAUGCGAGCACUUGGAGUCUUCUCGCAACCAGAUACUCAAGCUCUUGUCACGGAGAAUAGAGGCAGGAGUAAAACCAGAGAACCCAGAGGACGAGGAGGCAGAUCCAGAUCAAAGUCCAAAAGUGGAACAGUUCCUGGCACACCACAACACAACGGUGUUGCAGAACGAAUGAACCGUACCAUUGUGGAGAAAGUUCGAUGCAUGCUAAAAAUGGCAACUCUACCUAAGCCAUUCUGGGAUGAGGCAGCCAACACAGCAGUGUAUUUGAUCAACCGGUCACCUUCAAUUCCUUUGAACUUUCAAAUCCCGGAGAAAGCUUGGAUGGAAAAGGACGUUGGAUACUCUCACUUGAGAGUGUUCGGGUGCAAAGCAUUUAUGCACGUGCCAAAGGAACAGAGAUCAAAGCUGGAUGAUAAAGCCAUUCCAUGUAUUUUUGUUGGAUAUGGUGAUGAGGAGUUUGGCUACAGACUAUGGGACCUAGAAAAGAAGAAAACUGUCAAAAGUAGAGAUGUCGUGUUUCAUGAACACGAGAAAAUUAAUGAUUUGAAGGAGGACAAAGCUACAAGAAGCUCUGGAGAGGGUGUAGAAGAUUUAACACCGGCAAAAACUCCUUCAAGAAAAAUUACAGAUGAAGAAGAGGUGCAAGCACCAGAAGAUGAGACAGAGGAGCCAACAAUUGAAGAAGAUGAAGCAAGUGUAGAUGGGGGAAAUGAUGAGCAGGGGGAGCAACCCCUACCACAGGAGGAAGAACCUCAGUUGAGAAGGUCCACCAGAGAGCACAAACCAUCUGCAAGAUACCCCAGUUCUGAUUACAUCUUGAUCACUAAAGAGGGGGAGCCGAAGAACUUCCAAGAGCCAGAAGGUUUUGAAGAACAAGGGAAGGAGCAUAUGGUUUGCAAAUUGAAGAAGAGCUUGUAUGAACUAAAGCAAGCUCCAAGACAAUGGUAUAAGAAGCUUGACUCUUUUAUGAUGAGUCAUGGUUACCAAAGAACAAAUGCAGAUCCAUGUGUCUACAUCAGAUUAUUCCCUGAUGGCAACUUCAUUAUCCUUUUGUUAUAUGUUGAUGAUAUGCUAAUUUUGGGACAAGAUGUUGAGAAAAUUUGCAGGUUAAAAGAGGAGUUAUCAAAGUCCUUUGACAUGAAGGACUUGGGACCAGUAAAGCAAAUUCUGGUUAGCACUCCUCUUGCAAAUCACUUCAAGCUGAGUAAACGAUCUUGUCCAACUACCAAAGAAGAAAAGGAGAAAAUGUCAUAUAUUCCUUAUUCUUCUGCAAUCGGUUCACUAAUGUAUGCAAUGGUAUGUACACGACCAGACAUUGCUCAUGCUGUUGGUGUUAAGUGUGUUGCCUUGUCAACAACUGAAGCUGAAUACAUUGCAGCUACAGAAGCUGGUAAAGAGAUGCUUUGGAUGAAGAGAUUCCUACAAGAAUUGGGAUUGAAGCAGAAAGAGUAUGUAGUAUUUUGUGACAGCCAGAGUGCUAUAGAUUUGAGCAAGAAUACUAUGUACCAUGCCCGAACAAAACAUAUAGAUCUGAGAUAUCACUGGUUGUGCUUGGUGACAGAGAACAAGCAGUUUCAACUCAAAAAGAUUCACACAAACAACAAUGAUGCUGAUAUGAUGACAAAAGUUCUUCCCAGGGAAAAGUUUGAAUAUUGCACGAAGUUGGCCAGGAUGAACUCCAAGUAAGGAGUUAGGAUUUAUAUCUCCUCGCAUGGGGCUGGAGGGGGAGAUUGUUGGCAGAAGCUUCUAGUUCCAGCCCAUUUUUCUACCACAUAUUGCAAGAGGCUGUAAGCUACAGCAGCCAUUGUGGAAAUUUACAAUGGUUAUUUCAGCCAUUGUGCAUGAACCUCAUUUAAUGAGGUAGAAAACUUGCACCGGGGUAGUUGGAUUUUUUACCCUAUAAAUAGCAUGCAAUGGC